CUCUCAUAAAACUAGACCGAGCGAGUGAUCAUGUUUAGGUUCAAGGAGCUCUCUUUUGAAAAUUCGCUUUUCAGUAGUUUUCACGAAUAUCUGUCCCAUCUUCUCUUUUCCGCGACGUUCGAAGACAAACGCAUAGUAAUCUUGUAAUUGAUAUCACUGGUUUCGGUCGUUCCUUUGCUAUGUCGUCAAUGCAGGCCCAACCGGUUCAAAGCCCACUUCUUCCAGAUUCUGGUGGUCGUGGUGGUGGGAGUGGGACCCCGGAGAGGUCAGAGGACAAGGGAGGGUCGGUGAAGAUGGAAGAGAAGGAGAAGAGGAAGGAAGGGUCGCCGUCGAUCAGGUUGGGCCUCGGGAUUGAUGGGAACACGACGGAGAAGCCCGUGGUUAAACACGGAAAGUGUGUGUUUACGACAGCACAGUUGCAUGAGCUACAGUUACAAGCGCUUAUCUACAGGUACAUAGCGGGUGGAAUCCCAGUUCCUCUUCACCUUGUUAUGCCCAUUUGGAAAAGCGUUGCUUCCUCUGGCUCUGCUCAUGGCGGCAUCUAUGAUCAGUAUCCAAGCUUUGUAGGAUUCAGUCCUCAAGGACUUGAUUAUAGGAGCAUGAUGGAUCCAGAGCCAGGGAGGUGUAGAAGAACUGAUGGGAAGAAAUGGCGGUGUGGUAAGAAUGUGAUUCCUGAUCAGAAGUAUUGUGCACAGCACAUGCAUAGGGGUCGUCAGCGUUCAAGAAAGCCUGUGGAAUCUUCUCAAAUUACUUUGCCUGAUACAACUCUAUCAAAAGGAUCAAAUAAAGAAUCAGAAAACUCAAAAAGCCUUUCAGCCACUGUAAAUGCUCAAUACACGAACCCAUCUUCCUGUAAUACCAGCACAAGCCAUGAGAGAACUGCUACCACUGCUGUGGAUAGCAACAAUAUGUGGAGCAAUAGGAACUCCAUUUCCACCAAUGCCAUCACUAGCACUACCGUCAUUACCGCAACAAACAACGAUGAGAAAAAUGAUUGCAAAAGGAACAAAAACUUCCCAAAGACCAGUAAGAAGAGAGAAGAGAAAGUCUCUGUUAGUGAUAAUAUUAUCAUCAAUAAAAGCAGCAAGAGUGGAAACAACGCCACUGUUGGUAAUCGGAUAUCCCCUGGUGUGGGCUUUUCUCCAAAGAGUGUUCUUCAAGUUCUAGGCAGCAAAAGUUCCCGUGGUUACCAAAAUGAAAUGGAACUUGAACCAGGGAGAUGUAGGAGAACAGAUGGGAAAAAAUGGCGGUGCAGCAGGGAUGUUAUUCCUGAUCAGAAAUAUUGUGCACGGCACAUGCACAGAGGUGCAAAAAAGCAUGUGGAGGUUUCUCAGCCUGUUGCCAUUCCUACUAUUGGUCCACCUAGUAGAUUAACAAUAGCCAACAAAGCGGCUUGUGCAGUCCUGAGCACCAGCCUUUCUAUUUCAAUUCCAAGUCCUCAUCUGAUUACACAAGAAGAAAAAAGUACGAGCUGUAGCAGUGAGACUACCAUCAGUGACACCACCAUCACUGUCUUCGAGAAUGGUAAUGUUUCUUGAUGUGAUCUUAUUUGUGGAAGGUUAAACUUUUUUGAGCUUAGAUCCAAUUUUAUGCCAACUCAAGAUGAUUGAGGUGUUUCUUCAUAAGGACAAGCGAGAAUAUUAGGUGUCAUUCUGCACUGAGCUAUACUCAAGAAGUCAGAGAUGAAUGAUGAUCAGCGAAGCUUCAUGCUGGGCACAUUACUUCUUUUUUAUCAGAUCUCUGACUUCUUUUUCAUGUGCCAAUGCAGUUGAAAAUUUUGUUAAGAUAAGAAAGGGUGCCUUCCUUGGUGUGUUCUGGUGGGCAAAAGUAGAUGAGUUCCUUCAUAUAUGGCCUUGUAUAAGCUCCUUGAUUAUACUCCAAUGUUUUAAUUUCCCAUUGGGUAUUUCUAUUCAAUCAUGUACUGCAAUUGCCAUUAGUUGGAAGGUUUGUGAUGAAUCUCUGCUUAACUUUGCACAGAUCCUACAAGAGUUUGUAGUGUUCUUGAGUA